AUGGCUGAGCAACUUACGCGCAAGCAAGCAACUCAACUUCUCGAGCUUAUAUCUCUGGUAAAGCCCCAGCUUCAAUGGCUUCAGAAGGAAUAUGAGUCAAGACCUCCGCUCGAGCUUCCGCAACAGUUCCUGGAGUUCUUUAAAGCUAGCCUCUCGCUUUCUCAUGAUGCAUGUACAAGUGCUUGGCUGUCUCUCCGCGAUGAAGCAUGGGCACAAGAUGAGGAUGCUACAGAGAUUCAUGCCUUGCGUGCCAAAUAUCUUCCUGUUUUUUUACGGCACGGAAUUCCGUUAGGCAUUGGUAAGCUUGGACUCGGACAUGAGCAAAAUGCCCAGCUGACUGACACACACAAUACAGGACUCUAUUCAUUUGAACCACCUCAUCGUGCUUGCAAGAAUGAAGCAUGCUCCAAGGCUUUCGUGUCAGAUCCAAGCCUGUCACGCGAGCGCGAUUUAGAUGGUGCCAUUCGUAUUCAAGUUACGGUCUUCACAAAGGAAUUCGGAGCAAUUCCUGAUUAUUCAACAUCGCGCAAGUGUCCCAAGUGCUCGACUCGGUACUAUCCGAACUACUUUGUCGACUCUCGAUCCUCAAAGCGGGCAUACUAUCCUGCAACUGCCAUCGUAUUCAUGCAGAUUUCCACUCAUUACUAUAUGAGUCGGGAGGUUGCCGAGCUUUUUGCAAGUAUGCAAGUGAACGCAUGGACAUCGGGGACAAACUGUGCAAAAAUCUACAAUGAGAGUAUGAAGCCGGAGCAUCUUACGCCUUUACUACCUGCUGAAUGGGGCUAUGCAUUUGACCUUGAUGUCGAAAAGGUCUGGAGCGCCUUUUUUCUACAUGCUCUACUUCUGGAUGCGGAGAAUAGCUCCCUCGAGGUUGAACACAAUACUGUCAACAAGUUCCGACUGACCUCCGCCCUCCUUGCACGCAACCAACGCAUGGCUGGAACUGGCCAAGCCGAAUGGAACCAUGCUUGUGAGGCAUGCACAUGGUAUACCAACGAUGAGAAGGGUAAUCCAGCCGUUAUCCGGUCAUGCGUUACCGAUGGGAAAGCCAUGUUCCAACUGAAACGGCGGCUCGAGCGGCUCAAGAUCUCCCAGCCUCACAGUUCCAUGCCCGGAGACAACCCAACCAGUACAUCUGAUGGUCUAGAAGGUACAGGAGCAGACGAGGAUGAGGAUGUCGUGAUUGAUGAGAAUGGGGUUUGUCCUGACAAGCCAGAAACGGGAAAUCAGAGUGUUCGUGCGCGGUUUGGAAGACGGCGAACUCAUAACGAGGAGUUAUGUGUUGCUUCCUGUGGUGUCAUUCUUGGCCGGGCAACCUUCUAUGGGUCUGAGGCACCAAACGGUGUUCGCGCAUUCUGGAAGCGACUUUUCCCUACAAAACGCUCAUUACCUCAAGUUCUCUGGCAUGACAACAACUGCCGCAUCGUUGCCAUGCUAAAAAAAGACGGGGACUCGUACUUCAGCCACUGUGCUUUGCCAGUGGACGUGUUCCAUUUCAAGUGCAAGCACAAGGAGGGAGACGUCGACUGUGGCCAAUACUGCAAUCCAUAUAUCUAUUCGGAACUUCGCACCCAAAAUGGCCAGUGGCGAUUCAAUUCAUCGGCUGCUGAACAAACCAACGCAUGGUUUGGAGGGUUUCAGGCCAUUGUUCAAGAGAUGAGUGCUGAGCGGUAUGAUUUCUUUUUAGACGAAAUGAUUCGACGGCGAAACAUCUCACUGGUAACUCUAUCUCGCCAGCGCAACCAAAACCCUCACAAUAUCCCCCGUGAAGCCUUGUUAGACACACAGUUGUAG